AUGCAUAAAAUGAAGUGCACUGGAAACAAUCCUCCACCAAUUUUGCAUCAAUGGUAUCAGCCAAGUGAAAUCCUUAUUGGUGGGAUUGUCUCUCAUAUCGGUUCCGUUUCCCAAAUGGUUCCAUUUGAGCAGCACUCCUUGCAGGAUUAUAGAAGCUAUCCAAUCCUGGUAACAAAGUUCUACCAGCACAUCCUGGCCUUGGUGUUUGCCAUCAAUGAGAUCAACAAGAACCCCAGCAUCUUGCCCAACGUCACUCUUGGGUUCCACAUCCAGGAUCCCUCCAUAGAUCCAAGAUGGACUUACAGGACCACCUUGGGCCUGCUCUUCACAUCAUCUGAACUAGUCCCAAACUACAAAUGCGGCAUCCAGAAAAAAAUGAUGGGUGUUAUUGGGGGACUUAGUGCUGAAACCUCAUCACACAUGGCAAAUAUCUUAAGUCUUUACAAGAUCGCACAGUUUUCGUACGGCUCGUUUGAAUCAGAAGCAGAUGACUCCACCAGUUCCCCUUCCUUUUACCGCAUGGUCCCCAUGGAAGCCCUUCAGUAUGUGGGAAUUGUCCAGCUACUUUUGCAUUUCAGGUGGAAAUGGAUUGGGCUGAUCACUAUGGAUGAUGAAAGCGGAGAUCGUUUCUUGCAGAUUUUGGAGCCAAUGUUUUCCAAAAAUGGAAUCUGCGCUGCCUUCACAGUAAAGGUUACAAGAGAAGUCCCGUGGGAUAACUUGCAUGUCAUUACUGAAUACCUUGCUAGUAGUCAUACAGACUUCCUAGACUCCAAAGCCAAUGCAAUUGUUGUAUACGGAGAAAUCGGGACACUUAUAUGGCUGGCAACCAUUAUAUAUAUCCCCACAUUUAUGAAAAUUAUAAUGGAGUCUGAAUCUGUGGUGAGGAAUUCUACAGGAAAGGUGUGGAUUACAACAGCCCAGAUUGAUUUUGCAUUCACGGUUUUUCAAAAAAUGUUUAAUAUACAAAUAUUCCAUGGGGCUCUUUCCUUCACAAUUCGUUCAAAGGAGAUCCCAGGUUUCCAUACAUUCCUUCAGGCUCUAAAACCCUCCCAGGCAAAGCAGGAUGGCUUUAUCAAAAACUUCUGGGAACAAGCGUUCAGCUGUGAAUUUCCUGAUUCCAUUAACACAACCACUUCUAAUGAAAUGUGUACCGGAGAGGAGAGAUUGGAGAGUAUCCCUGCACCUUUUUUUGAAAUGGGCAUGACUGGCCACAGCUACAGCAUCUAUAAUGCUGUCUAUGCCAUUGCACAUGCCCUACAUGUCAUGGACUCGUCUAGAACCAAACACAGAGCAAGGGGAAAUGGGGGCUGCCUAGAUCCUCAGCAUGUGAUGCCUUGGAAGCUCCACACACUUCUUCAGAGAAUUGCUUUCAACAACAGUGCUGGAGAUGAAAUUACCUUGAAUGAACAUGGAGAAUUAGAAGGUGGAUUUGACAUUACAAACUUGGUCACUUUUCCAAAUAACUCUUAUGUCAGAGUCAAGGUUGGAAGCCUAGAUCCUCAGGUUCCUCUCAGUAAAAGAGUUCUCAUCAAUGAGGACAGAAUUGAGUGGCACCCUUGCCUCACAGAGGUGCCUCCUUUCUCUGUGUGUAAUGACAACUGCAUGCCUGGUUACAACAGGAAAAAGAAGGAAGGGGAGAAAUUCUGCUGCUACGAUUGUGAUCCUUGCCCAGAAGGGAAAAUGUCAGACAAAGAAGACAUGGAUUAUUGCAUCACUUGCUCAGAAGGUCAUUAUGCAAAGCAGGGACAAGAUCAAUGCACUCCCAAGAUUCCAAACUUCCUUUCAUUUAUAGAACCUUUGGGCAUUAUUUUAGCCUUUUUGGCUGUCUUCUUUUCUCAGAUCACAGCUCUGGUGCUUGCAAUCUUCCUAAAAUACCAGGACACUCCCAUAGUCAAAGCCAACAACCGGAGCCUCACCUACGUUCUGCUCGUCUCUCUUUUUCUUUGCUUCUUCUGCUCCUUGCUCUUCAUCGGACAGCCUAACAAGGUGACCUGCCUCCUCCGACAAAUGACUUUUGGCAUCAUCUUCUCAGGGGCUGUUUCUUCUGUUUUGGCAAAAACUGUUACUGUCGUUGUGGCAUUUAUGGCCUCCAAGCCAGGAAACAUUUUUCGAAAAUGGGUGGGGAAGAAAACAGCGCAUUACCUUGUUAUUUCUGGCUCCUUUGUUCAAAUUGGCAUUUGUGCUGUUUGGUUGGGUUCUUCUCCUCCAUUCCCAGAUGUGGACAUGCAUUCCCUGAGUCGAGAAAUCAUAGUGCAAUGCAAUGAAGGGUCAGUCGCCAUGUUUUACUGUGUCUUGGGCUACAUGGGCUUUCUUGCCACUAUUUGCUUCCUUGUGGCUUUCCUAGCUAGAAACCUACCUGACAGUUUCAACGAAGCCAAGUUCAUCACCUUCAGCAUGUUGGUAUUUUGCAGUGUUUGGCUGUCCUUUGUCCCCACCUACCUGAGCACUAAAGGAAAAAACAUGGUGGCCGUAGAGAUCUUCUCCAUCUUGCUUUCUAGUGCUGGCUUGCUUGGCUGCAUCUUUUUGCCCAAAUGCUAUGUCAUUAUACUGAGGCCUGAAUUGAACAGAAGAGAGCAGCUGAUUAGGAAAAAGCAUUGA